AUGUUCACAUUUGUACCCAUCACACACCCUACAUCAGACACGAAGCAUUCCUUACUGCUACUCCAGUCCGCACAUGGGGAAAAGUACUUCUUCGGUAAGAUUGGUGAAGGAUCCCAAAGAAGUCUGACCGAAAAUAAGAUCAGGAUAUCCAAAUUGAAGGAUAUUUUUCUUACUGGUGAAUUAAACUGGUCGGAUAUUGGUGGAUUGCCUGGGAUGAUUUUGACUAUCGCUGAUCAGGGUAAAAGCAAUCUUGUUUUGCAUUAUGGGAAUGACAUUUUGAAUUACAUAGUUUCCACUUGGAGGUACUUCGUCUUUAGAUUCGGAAUAGACUUGAACGAUCAUAUUAUGAAAGACAAAGAAAUAUUUAGAGAUAAGGUGAUAACUGUUAAAUCCUUUAAUGUUCUGAAAAAUGGGGGAGAUGACACAACAGACGUUUUUAAUAGCUUUCAAAAAGGUGUGUUACGUUCUAUAGUUACGAAAAUGUUCCCCAAGCAUGCACCCACUGAUAGGUACGAUCCUUCCAGCGAUCCGCAUUUGAAUGUAGAGUUGCCUGACUUGGACGCCAAAGUGGAAGUUUCCACGAAUUACGAGAUCUCCUUCAAUCCAGUGAGGGGUAAAUUCAAGCUUGAAGAAGCUGUUAAAUUAGGCGUUCCAAAGGGGCCCUUAUUUGCGAAGUUAACCAAGGGACAAACGGUUACUUUGGAUAACGGUACUGUUGUCACUCCCGAACAGGUGUUGGAAAAAGAGCGUCAUUUUGCCAAAGUAUUGAUUUUGGAUAUUCCAGAUGACCUAUAUUUGGACGCUUUCGUAGAAAAGUUCAAAGAUUAUGAUUGUGCUGAGCUUGGUAUGGUUUAUUAUUUUUUUGGUGAUGAGGUUACCAUUAAUGAUAAUCUAUUCACGUUCAUUGACAUAUUUGAGAAGAACAAUUUUGGUAAAGUAAAUCAUAUGAUAUCUCACAAUAAAAUUUCCCCAAACACAAUAUCAUUUUUCGGUUCUGCAUUGACUACGUUGAAGUUGAAGGCACUACAAGUAAAUAACUACAAUCUGCCAAGAACAGACCGUGUAUUUUCCAAGGACUUCUAUGAUAGGUUCGACAAACCGCUCAGCGGGGGUACGUCCAUGUCUGAAUCCCAAGAGGAACCUUUGAAUACAAAAAUAGAGAAAGAUAAUAUUCACAUUUUUUCACAAGAUAAGACAGUUAUUUUUGAACCAUUUCAUAUGAACGAAGAACCGAUGAAAUGCAAAAUAAAUGGUGAAGUGUCAGCUUUCUCGUGGCAAAAAAUUUUUGAAGAACAUGUGAAACCUUUAGAGUUCCCUCUAGCUGAUGUCGAUACAGUUAUUAACGACCAGCUACAUGUGAAUAACUUCAACAAUACAGCAGAAAAGAAGAGACACGUUGAAAUUAUUACAUUAGGGACCGGUAGUGCAUUACCUUCUAAAUAUAGAAACGUUGUCUCCACAUUAGUUAAAAUUCCUUACACUAACGCCAAUGGAAAUACCAUAAAUAGAAACAUCAUGCUUGAUGCUGGUGAAAAUACCUUAGGUACCAUGCACAGGAUGUUUUCUCAGCUAGCAGUCAAGUCAAUAUUUCAGGAUUUGAAGAUGAUAUAUUUGAGUCACUUGCACGCAGACCAUCAUUUGGGAAUAAUCAGUGUGUUAAAUGAAUGGUACAAGUAUAACAAGGAUAAUGAAAUGAGUUACAUAUAUGUGGUUACUCCAUGGCAGUAUAAUAAAUUUGUUAAUGAAUGGUUAAUUCUAGAAAACAAAGAGAUCCUGAAGAAAAUUAAAUACAUCAGUUGUGAACAUUUCAUAAACGAUUCGUUUGUGAGGAUGCAGACACAAUCUGUUCCUUUGGCAGAGUUUAACGAAAUACUAAAAGAAAAUAGCAACCAAGAAUCGAAAAGAAAACUAGAUUUAGACAGGGAUUCUUCAUAUAGGGAUGUCGAUUUGAUUAGACAAAUGUAUGACGAUUUAGCGAUAGAAUACUUUCAAACCUGCAGAGCCAUACAUUGUGAUUGGGCAUAUUCGAACUCUAUUACCUUUCGAAUGGAAGAAAACAAUGAACGUAAUACAUUCAAGGUUUCAUAUUCAGGCGACACAAGGCCUAAUAUCGAGAAGUUCUCUCUCGAAAUAGGCUAUAAUUCUGACCUAUUAAUUCAUGAAGCUACACUAGAAAAUCAGCUGCUGGAUGAUGCCGUAAAGAAAAAACACUGCACUAUCAAUGAAGCAAUUAGUGUUUCGAACGAAAUGAAUGCUAGGAAGUUGAUCUUAACACAUUUCUCCCAAAGAUAUCCUAAAUUGCCUCAAUUAGACAAUAAUAUUGAUGUGAUGGCCAAAGAAUUUUGUUUUGCUUUCGAUAGCAUGAUCGUUGAUUAUGAGAAAAUUGGCGAGCAGCAGCGUAUAUUCCCAUUGCUGAAUAAGGCUUUUGUUGAAGAAAAGGAACAAGAAGAUGAUGUUGAUGAUGUUGAAAGCAUACAAGAUUUUGAAGUCAAACUUAAAAAACAUAAGAAAAAUUAA